AUGCGAAAGUAUGACAGUCUGGUCAGCUGUGAGCGUGUGAAGCAAUCCGUGGUGCAAACAGCAGGCAUAAUGUCGGGAAUCCUCAGGCUAAGAUUCGCUGCAAAUCCUUCCGAAAGGUUCAGUCCCCCCGUUAAUGAGAACAUCCUCAGAGAAUGUCACUUGCUCUACACGGACUCAAAACAUGGCCUGCUGGGCAUUGCAAAGCGUCUUGGAAUCGGACUCUUGGCUCCAAGGAAGAAAAUUACGGUGAUGCUGAUGGGCAACCAUUCGGCUGGGAAGAGCUCCUUUAUCAACUGGUAUGUUGAAGAACAUGUACAGAAAACAGGAGUUGCAACAGAAACACAAGGAUUUACUUUUGUCACCAGUGGAAAGAAAAGGGAAUCGCUCACAGGCAAUGCUACGCUACAUCUCUACCCACACUUCCAGACUCUCGAACAGAUCGAAGGAGUGACAGACUACCUGGCCACUGAGGUCAGCACUUCUAAACAGAAGAAGUUUAACCUUGUGACAUUUAUUGAUACUCCAGGUCUUGUGGAUGGAGACAUGACCUAUGAAUUUGAUGUAGAUAGAGCACUCAUCUGGCUUGGAGAGCAGGCCGACCUAAUCCUUGUCUUCUUUGACCCGAUGGGCCAGGCUCUAUGUAAACGAACUCUGAACAUUGUUGAGAAGCUGAACGAAACACACGGCGAAAAACUGAAGUUUUAUCUUAGCAAAGCCGAUGAAGCUGGUCAUGAGAGUGACAGACAGAGAGUUAUGAUGCAGAUAGUACAAGAACUGUGCAAGAGACCCGGGCUGAAUAAAUGUGGCUUUGAUAUGCCGACCAUCUAUAUCCCAGAUCCAAACAAGCCAAUACGGUGUGUCAAUCAGAUCCAAGAAAUAUGCACAACAAUAGAAAAGACGAUCAGCCGAACUGUACAAAACACACUGAAUCAGCUCGAGAAUGAUUGCGCAUUGAUCAUCAAUACAACUAUUUCCAAGCUCCAGGAGAACAGUUCAAGCCGAAUCUUAGGAGAAGCAGUAGGUGAGUCCUUAGCCUCAGAUUUAUUAGCUUCUGACUUUUACAUAAGCUGUGCCAUGCAUAUGGUUUUGAGCUCAAUGGAGACUGCCGAAGAUGUUGUUUCUGUUCGAUUUAGCGAUGGGAAUUGCUUUUAA